AUGCGUUAUCAGUCCCUUGCGGCAGCUAUGAACCUCGGGUCAGCAGUUCUAGCUCUCCAUACCCAACAAUUUCCCGUCAGCACUACUGGAGAAGCUGGCGGUCGACCCUUGAAUAUCGCCAACCCGAACAAUGAUAAACUACAUUCAUUUGGUUUCGGUUCGAAAAUCGAGCAAUGGAGUCUUGACGAAGGCCCUGCCGAGAACGCGACAGGGAAUUUGAUCUUCGACACGGUCCACUCACUCUUACAACACUGGCCAAACACUCGAUAUCGUAAUGGACAUAACAUAAUACCAGGAACAAUUCCAAUAGGUACUUUACUGUAUCACGGCACCACCCGCAAUGCGAUACCCAGUGAGCCCGAGUGGACCGCUACAGACCCAGAACAUUCUCUUGCUUUUGCUCGUGGAGAUAAUACUGGCUGGCACCUUACGCUGGCAGCAACGCGACCUCUGAAAGUUUUGUACUUUGAUGGAAGUAGUGCUGCUAAGGUAUCCGAGGGUACAAUGGAUAUACAGGAUAUAAUAGCCUGGGGAGAAGUGCAACCUGAGCGCGUCUUGGAUGAAAAUUCACGGAUUACAGAUCUCUGUAGGUGGGGAAAGAAGUUCGGAAUCGACGGUUUCGCAAGGAUGGAAAUGGACUUUGAAGUUAUGUUGUGUGAUUUUACGGCCGGUGUCGAAGUAGUAUCUUUCCUGCAUGUCCGGGUCUUAUGGAAGGACAACAACAGGGACCCUCCGAAAAAUCGCCGUCCUCUCCCACCCAGUCCUGAACUCUGGAGUCGCAUGGUUGAAGCCAUGCACUCCGGCUCAUGGCACAAUCGCUACCCGGGAGAAUCUCGCAUUGUGCUCGACCUGGCCGGUCUUGUCUCACUGUACGAUAUCGCAUUAGCACCUUCCCUCGUCCCGGUUCGCGCGGGGCUUGAACGGCGGGACCACCGGGUGUUCGGAAUAUCACCAGAAGACAUAUCGCAGUUGAUGAGAAAGCUCACCGAAGUCAUCAGUCGACCAGACCCGGGCAGCGGAAUAGACUGGAAGGCCCUCACCCACGUCAUCGUUGAUCGAUAUGCGGAUCGGCUCGAGCUCGUGCGGCAUCUUCUCAAUUUCACCCCAUCAGACCCGCAAGAACUCCUUCAGCGAGCAAAGCUCGUGCAGACCCAGCUUCGCGUUAUGCUCGCGCCAUAUCUAUUAGAUGCCACCGUUGUCCCUAGCGCAGAUACUCCGGGCCUACAUCCAUUGCAGUGGGCAUCCCCAGUGUUCAGGCUAUGUGCCACAACACAUACUACCAGCGAUGACAUAUCAAAACGCCUGUUGCUCAAGUCCAUCGAGGACACAAUGAGAGAAAUCUGUCGUGUCACUACGAACAUAUGGGCUGUUGGUGUCAUGAGCGGGUUCGACACUCUUUUCCCCAUUGAACUUGAUGGGGAGCCUGAUGUCGCUCAAAUAAUGAAUGACUGGAGACAAGACACCCAAAAGCUGAUGUCUUGGUUAGACUGGAGUAUAUGGAUUAAAUGCCGACCUGCCUGCGGCCCAGAGGAAAUAUGUUAUCUUCCUACCUGGCCCCUUAAUGCCCCCACACCAUCGCCUUCGCGUGAACCUCCGCAGGACCCGCAGAACACUACCGAUGCACUAGCAGAAGUAAAUCAUCUUGCUGAUCAAGUCGGGCAUCCACCAGAAGGUUCAGCGAUUGCAGAUACGUUUUCCUCCAUUGGGACGCCGAUGGAGGAAUGGAAGAGACCUCAACCGAAGUGCGUCAGGCGCCUCCCGCCGUUACAAUUUUGA